UCGGCUUCGCAACUCGCGCCUAUUUUGCAAUGUCCUAGCGAGGACUCGCAGUCAGUGUUGAACCUUUCCGUUUGGCGGUCGCUUCUCCCGCCUUUUCAAGUUGUCUAUUGUUUGUUUCGUUUUUCGCUGACAGCCAGCGAUGUCGUCGGAAGGCUUUUCAGCUAACGAGGUAGACGGCAUGGAGGAUCGGAUCGCUGAAACCUUCAGCGGAAAGAAUGUCUUCGUGACGGGAGGCACAGGCUUCAUGGGGAAGGUUCUGGUGGAGAAAUUGCUGAGGAAAUGUCCAGACAUUGGCAGCAUCAUUCUGCUGGUUCGUAUCAAAAAAGGGAAGACCCCCAAACAGAGAUUAGAAGAGAUCUUCAAUGGACCGCUGUUCGAGAAGGUCCGCAACCUGCGCGGGGGGGUGGACCCCCUGCUGGAGAAGAUGGUGAUCGUGGCGGGGGACUGCCAGCUGCCGGACCUCGGCGUCAGCGCGUCCGACAGACAGAUGCUGAGCGACUGCGUGCAUAUUGUCAUACAUGCUGCCGCUACUAUCAGAUUCGAUGAAGAGCUGAAGAAAGCGGUGCUGCUGAACGUCAGAGGAACGAAACUGGUGGUCGAACUGGCCAAGGAAUGCAAGAAACUCGAGCUCUUCAUCCACAUCUCCACGGCGUACUGCCACCUGCACGAGAAGCUUCUAGAGGAGAAGCCGUACCCCCCUCCCGCGGACCCGCACCAGAUCAUCCAGGCCGUCGAGUGGAUGGACGACGAGACUGUCGCCGCUGUCACUCCUAAACUGCUGAACAAGCUGCCCAACUCGUACGCGUUCACGAAGGCGCUGGGUGAGGCGCUGGUGGUAGAGGCCAUGGAGCAGGGCUUCCCCGGGAUGGUGUUGAGGCCUUCCAUCGUGAUUCCCAUUUGGCAAGAACCCGUGCCUGGAUGGACUGACAACAUCAACGGACCAACCGGUCUACUAAUUGGCGCGGGCAAGGGCGUGAUCCGCUCCAUGUACUGCAAAAGCAACAGCUACGCGGACUACCUGCCCGUGGACGUGUUCAUCAACGGCAUCAUGAUCGCCGCCUGGAACUACAUCAAAUAUGGUGACAAAGCAGCCAACAUCAUCAACUUCACGUCAUCAGCGGAGAUCAAGGUGACCUGGUCGGAGAUGAUCGACGCUGGACGAGAGAUCAUCAUGAACAGGGUGCCUCUCAACGGUGUCGCUUGGUACCCGGGUGGUUCGAUGAAGCACUCCCGCCUCUACCACAACAUCUGCCUCAUCUUCUUCCAUUGGAUCCCGGCCAUGAUCGUCGACGCCCUGCUCUUCUGUCUCGGAUACAAGCCUGUUCUAAUGCGCGUCCAACGCCGCAUCAGCAAGGGUUUCGAAGUGUUCGAGUACUACACGAACAACCAGUGGGACUUCAAGUCGGACAUCGCGCAGACUGUCCGACAACGCCUCAAUACCAGGGAGAGACGGGACUAUAAGGUCGAUGCUAUUGGUUUGGAUAUCUCCAAAUACUUCGAAGACUGCAUCAGAUCAGCUCGGAUCUUCAUAUUGAAGGAGUAUGAUCACACACUGCCCGCUGCCAGAAGACAUAUGAAAGUUAUGUGGUGUGUAGACCUCCUGGUCCGCUGUCUCUUCUGGGGCUACCUGCUCUACUGCAUGAGCGGGUGGAUGACGUCUCUCUACACGUCGGUCGUCGGUGCCAGCCCUGACGAGAUGGUCCAGCCCACUGUCAUGACGUCUUAGGCUAUAGCUGUAGAUUUUGGCCGCGUUUACCCGAAUUAUGGGUCAGGGUUGCCCCAUCGAGGAUUACCAGUUAUAAAUACAACAUAAAUAGUAUAAGAAGGGUUACCCGCUCUCAUUGGUUCAUAGUUUCAGUAAACGUGGCUUUAAAAUAAUGUGUUCGAUGUAGAGAAUCUAGGUAGAUACUUUAAGCCCACUAGACUUCCUGUAUAGGACUAGUUGUGAUUUCGAGUUACCAUAUUAAUUAAGAUUGAAUUGUUGUUACUUGUUUUCAACACGUACAUUUUGGAUUCUUUUAUGUUAAUUUUUUUGUAAAAUGCUCUAUUCAAAGUAUUAUGUUAUCAACUAUAAAAUAAAAUGUAACUUUAUGCGU